UUUAAAAUUUUCAUUUAAGUGUAAAUAAAAACAAUGUCAACAAGCAAUGGUUAUGGUAAAAAAUCUCAUCGUGAGGUUUUUCUUGUUGGAAAAAGAAUCGGAACAAUACCUAUCACACAAUUGCCAACUAAAAGAACUGUAUUGCAAUAUUACCAUUACAGAGAUCUUAUGCUAAGAGCUGAUUUUCCAAACAUUUCAUCAGUUAGUAUAGCUUCAUGUCCACUUGGUGAUUUCUUUACUGCACAAUGUGCUGAAAUAGGUGGUUGUCUCCAAAAAUGUUUACCAUGUGUCCUUUACGAGGUGAAGAAAAUUUGGCAAAAAGCAGGAAUUCCUUUUGUUAAUACUGACAAGCAUAUCAGAGACAAGAUUGUUGACUUAGAAAAGAAGAGAAAAGAUUUAAACAAACACAGGAACCGUUUAAGUAAAAAUUUAGUUUUAAAAAGAGAAACUUUUUCAAGAAUGCUAGAGGAAGUAUUCGAUGUAAGUCAAAACAAUUGUGAACAUACUAUUAUGAAAGAUAAAACUAAAGAUUUAAAAACUAGAAGAGAGGAUGUAGAUUUUCUUAACAACCAGAAAGGAGCGCGUGUUCAGAAAAUGUUGGAUAAUGACCAAGAUGAACAGUAUCUACAGCCUUCUAUAAAAAUUAAAAAAUAUAAUGCUGUUCCUCUUAUAGUUCCUAAAAAUAUAGGAAAAGAUUUAGCUCCAACAGCAUCACGAUAUGGAAUAAGUUCGACUGCACUGAGUGCAACUCUUGCUUCUCUUAUAAAUAACAGUUCUAGAACAUCAGAUGAUUUUUCUAUUUCUAAACGAAGUAUUUUGAGGCAGAAAAAAUCAAGUAUAAGUGCAACUGCCUGUAAAAUUAAAGACAACUUUAUUAUAUUGGCUAAGGAAAAAGUUGAAAGAUUAGUUGUGCUAAUCAGUUCACCAGAUCUUUCAGAAUUCCAACUUUUGGGUAUUUUAAUUGUGAAAGAUGGCACUGCUGAGUCUCUUGGGAAAGCAAUCAAAAAAACUUUACAAGACUGGAAGCUAUUUGACUAUGUUGAUUGUCUGUCCUUUGACACCACAGUCAUAAAUACUGGUUGGCUAAAAGGAGUCUGUACUCUUAUUGAGCAGUGGAGAGGAAAAGCUUUGAUUUGGAUGACUUGUCGUCAUCAUGUCUACGAAUUACAUAUAAAGCACUUUUCAAGUGUUCUUACUGGAGGUAAAACAAGUGGACCAAAGACUAAGUUAUUUGAAAGGCUAAAGUGUAAUUGGAAAUCGAUUCUUGAAAAGAAGAUAAAUUAUGAUAACCUAAAAAGAUUUGACUCAGAAAAAAAAAUCUUUUUUGGAAAAGCAGGUUGGUUCGAUUGUCUUAAUUAGAUUAAUCUGUUUGAU